CGGCCAGACACGCGAUCGCAGCGCUCCUCGCGGUGGUGGUAGUGGUGGCGGCGGUCGUCUCGGCCGACGGAGACCUGCCGAGCCGUUGGAAGCUGCGUCGCUGGGUGCGCGAGUGCCGCAAGGACGCCGCCAUCGCCAAGUCCAAGCCCCUCUACGCCUUCAAGAAGUCCAUCGCCGGCCUCUACGACCCCAAGACGAGGCACGCUUUCCGCAAGACGAAGGUCUCCUUCGCCAAGUUCGAAAUCGCAAAAAUCAGAAACCCUUCAGAGGCUGAGAAGUGUCUGCUGGAAUGUCUCGCAGAGAAGCAAGGACUGAUCAACGGCAGCCAGCUGCAGCCGACCAAGAUCAUGAACGUGAUGACGGCGUUCGGCAAGCGCAUCAACGAGAUGCACGGCCACGCCCGCGUCAACAUCACCAAGCUGAAGCGCAACACGGCCAAGUGCAUUGUCGGCACUCACGGAUCCGCUAAGACCUGUGAACUUGGAUUCCACCUUUACCACUGUCUGAGAUCAGCUAUUAUGGAAGGAGGUUUUGUGCGGCGUAGCGAACAGCAGUCAACCGCAACCUCAUCAUCUGCGCAAAUUUACAAGUUAUCUGAAAGUCGAACUGCGCAUGCCCAGAAGACUGAUAUUGAAAUCAAUUGA